AUGUCUCGUCCUAUGGUUGCUGGUAUUUCCCCUUCUCGGAACCCGGUUAGUCGACUUCACCUACAGCCUCGCGUGUUAGUCACUCCUUCGACCUCCGUCCGCGCCGCCUGUACCGACAACCGACCUACGUUCCGCCGCUCUUUUUACUCUCGUGUCGUUCAACGACACCGAGAGAGCCGCUCUUUUGCUGAGAUGCAACAAGGUUCGCGUCUCCCCGUUCGUUCACCUUCUCCUUCCCCUCCUGCCUCUGUUUCUUCCCCUUCCACUCCUUCACUUCCUCGUCCUUGGAAGAUCAUCACUCGUUGUAUCCCUCCUCCGCCCACUUCCACUCGUUCUUCUGUUGGGCCUACCCCCAGAGGGGGUAGGAGUUCGCUAACAGCCUACCCUUCUCGCUUGGCGGAGAGGAAGGCGUCUCGGCAGGCCCGGACUCGGCCCUGGGUUCAACCCACGGAGUCGAGUGCCAAACCUUCUCUGCGGGGAACCCUGCGGAGCCGGUAUUGCAAGCUCCUGCCUAACUCAGGUAAGCCCGUCUCCCAUGUUGAGCCCGCUAAGCCAGCUCUCAAAUCGGCCCUCUCCAAAGGUAAGUAUUCGGGUAAGUCGAAGCGGGUUCGCUUCGUUGGAGAGGAGCCCGAGAAACCAGUCCUGACGCCCGCCAUGAAGCCGGGCCUCAAAUCUGCUCUCUCCAAAGGUAAGUAUUCGGGUAAGUUGAAGCAGGUUCGCUUCAUUGGAGAUGAGCCGAGGCCCGCAUUGAAGCCUGCACUCUCCAAAGGUAAGUAUAGAGGUGAGUCGGGUAAGUCGAAGCAGGUCCGCUUCGGGGGAGUGCAGGUCGAGACUGUGUCUCGGUACAUCAAGAAGUUUCGGUGGGCAAAGACUAGAGAGAGAGUGGAGCCGUUGGAGGAGGAGGAUGAGGAUGGGGAGAAGGAGAAGUACAUUACGUACUGGGGGAAUCAGCGGUCGUCGAUGAUUGAGUUCAUUCAUUCGGAGGGACCGUGCGGGCGUCAGGACUGCGCCUGGAACAGCUUGGCUCGUAUCCAGGCGAUGCGGCCAAUGUGGGAUACCAAGACGGUAUUCUGGUGUUGGAAUAGGAAGAGGGAGAUCGUCCGGGAAAAUGGGGGCUUUGCUCUGGCUGGCGAAUGUCCUGGAGAAGUAUUGGUGGCGCAGCUGCAUUCACCGAUCGACGACGAGAGGACUUUCUUGUCAGGGGGUUCCAUUCUCAUGGGUAAUGACGCACCCGCGUAA